AUGCCAAACCAAAAUUCAACAGUGCCAGCUCAGGGUCUGGACAAAACCCACACGGCGAUCCCAUCUUCACUUCUUACCGCCCUUUCAAAACAACAGGAUAAGCUUUAUAUAUUGCACUUGGAGAAAGACUUGAUAAAGUUCAUCAAGAAUUCUGUGUUGGGGAAUAUAAAACAACCUGAGUAUAUUAUUCAAGCCCAAUAUUUGAAGAAUAGUUAUUACAGAUUAUUGAGUCAUCAAUUAUGUCAAUAUUACAAUUUACAGCAUUGGAACAACACUUUUAAUGAAAUAAUCGUCACACCCAUCCCAGAUUUUGAUUAUCAACAGUUUAUCAAGGCAAUCGAAAGUUCAGAUAACAAUCAAGGAGAUUUUAUCAAAAUCGCCAGUGUCGCCCAUAAAUAUAAAUCGGAAAAUGCAACCACCAGUGCAACCACCAACGCUGAUGCCCAAGAACAACUAAAUAAAUCAGCCCCAAUAAAGAAACUAAUGGUUAGAAAGAUUAUCAAUAAACCACCUAUGAGUGAUCCAGCAUCAGGACAAACACCAGGUACACCUGAAAGUGAGGUCAGUGAUCUAACGAAAGAACUAGAUGAAAGUAAAUUGAUACUGGAAGACACGGGUCUGAGCACACCGAUUUCUGAAUCUUCAGAGAACACUACUAAUAAUAUCGAGUCUCAAAGGGCGUCGAAAGAAGCACUAUACAUGAAACUAAGGGAAGAGAUAUUUGAAAAUAAUAACGAAGAAGAGGAGGAGGAAGAAGAAGAAGAAGAGGACGAUGAUGAUGAUGACAAUGAAUAUGGUACAAUCGAUCCUCAAGAAAAUAACAAUCGAGGUUAUAAAACUCAUAACAAUUUCAAUAAGGGACGAAAUCAUGGUAAUUACAGUGGCUACAAGACCACUCCAUAUCAACAACAACAACUACAACCUCACCCACCUAUGUAUAACACUAUACCGAUACCGGUUCCUUAUCAAUUUAAUCCAAAUUCACAGGGGCCACCAAUUCCAGGGAUGGUUUACAGUCCUUACUAUCAACCAAUGAUGUAUGGGUAUCCACCAAACUAUACUGGAGCCAACAACAAUAAUGUUGUUCCAACUCCUAAAUACGACAAGGAAACUGAGAGAAGAAUAUUGAAUAAUCCUUAUAUCAUAUUACCGGAUGACACUAAGAAUGGUAAAAGUAACAACUAUAGUAACAAACAUACUAAACAUAAGAAGCAAUUUGCCAAUACUAAUACAUGA